CUGGGAUUACAGGUGCCUGCCAGCUCGCCUGGCUAAUUUUUGUAUUUUUAGUAGAGAUGUUGCAGGAAACUGAGGACUGGUAAGGCUGAUAUGGAGAACAAGAGGAUUGUUUAUUUUAGGUACUCACUGGCUUAGUGGAUUCGCAUCUAAGAAGCUGAACGUUAAACAAAGACAGAGCAGGGAUUUUACAAGCAGACUUACAAUAAAUAAAAUAAAGGUGGUUAAUCAUAUGAUAGGUCACAUAAUCUAUAGCAUCACUUGUGGCCUUGCAUAGCCGGUGGCUUUGUAGCUGCACUGAAAGAAAAACAAGAACUGGCUAAAUACAGACAUUUGUAAAACAUAAUCAUGCUUAAGAAACCUGGGAAAGGAGUAACAGUAAAAGAAUUUGUCUUUCUUUUUUCUUCUUCAGCUUUGGUCUGGAGGGGACGGGUGUCUGGAGCAUAUUCUUUCGGCCUUGGCUUUCUGGACAGCGUUCUCUUAUAACUGUGCUUGAAGUCACAUUUUCUCCAACAACAUCAGCCUGUCAGGGGCAGGGCCUCUCGGUUCCCCAGCACGUGUAGGGGUGGGGUUUGCUGUUGGAAGUGCCUGUCACCGCAGGCAGCCACAGAAAACUGCAGACAGUUCUGCUGAAGGCCCCCAGCCUCUGUGAUGUCACACUGGAGCUUCUUUCCUUUCAUCCUGGGCUGUGGCUCUGAGGCCGCUGUGGCCAUGGAGCUCUGGAAGCUGGGCUAGGGGAGGAAGCCUGGUGGCUCUGACCUCCCCUGGAGGCGCAGGAGGCCCAACCAUGACACUCUUAAUGGAUGCCACGCCCCAGGUGAAGGAGCUCUAUCCCCUGCCUCUGGUCCCACGUCCCUGGGUCCUCUCCAGCCUGUUUGCUGCCUUCAAUGUGGUGCUGCUGGUCUUUUUCAGUGGCCUCUUCUUCGCAUUCCCUUGCAGGUGGCUGGCUCAGAACGGGGAGUGGGUCUUUCCCGUCAUCACAGGCCCCCUCUUUGCUCUCACCUUCUUCAGUCUCGUUUCACUCAACUUCUCAGACCCUGGCAUCUUACAUCAAGGUUCCGCUGAGCAGGGCCCCUUGACAGUGCACGUGGUGUGGGUGAACCACGGGGCCUUCCGCCUGCAGUGGUGCCCACAGUGCUGCUUCCACCGCCCGCCCCGGACCUACCACUGCCCCUGGUGCAACAUCUGUGUGGAGGACUUUGACCACCACUGCAAGUGGGUCAACAACUGCAUCGGUCACCGCAACUUCCGCUUCUUCAUGCUGCUCGUUCUGUCCCUGUGCCUCUACUCAGGCGCCCUGCUGGUCACCUGUCUCAUCUUCCUGGUGCGCACGACCCACCUACCCUUCUCCACGGACAAGGCCGUCGCCAUCGUGGUGGCUGUGCCCGCCGCGGGCUUCCUGGUGCCGCUGUCCGUCCUGCUGCUGACCCAGGCCGUGUCCGUGAGCUCGGCCGACCGCACCUACAAGGUCAAGUGCAGACACCUUCACGGCUACAACCCCUUCGACCAGGGCUGUGCCAGCAACUGGUAUUUAGCAAUUUGUGCACCACUGGGACCCAAGUACAUGGCUGAAGCUGUCCAGCUGCAGAGAGUGGUGGGGCCUGACUGGACAUCCGUGCCGAACCUGCACCCUCCAAUGUCCCCCUCUGCUCUCAACCCCCCAGCCCGCCCUCCCCCAGCCCCAACCUCUGGGUACCUACCAACCGGGAAAGGGUCCCCCAGGGUGUGGUGAGGCUGCAGCUCCCCAGGAGCUCCACACCGGCCCAGUGCCCCCCCUGCUGCCGCAGGAGUCCCCAGGCGAGGUUCAGCCUUCCUCUUGCCCCGUGCACCCGCGGAGAUGCCCACAACACCAGCACCUGAGCUCCGCCUCCUGAACCCGCCUCCUGAACCCACCUCCUGAACCCACCUCCUGAUUCCGCCUCCUGAUUCCGCCUCCUGAGCCCAUCUCCUGAAUCCAUCUCCUGAACUCACCUCCUGAUUCCGCCUCCCGAACCCCCUCCUGAAUCUACCUCCUGAACCCACGUCCUGAUUCCGCCUCCUGAUUCCGCCUCCUGAGCCCACCUCCUUACCUCCCACUUCCUGAGCCCUGAGCGGAAGCCUUUCUGGGCCCUGCCCUUUGCCGCUCCCCUGGUGGGAGUGGUGGUGGGAGUGCCAAGACCCUCGAUGCCCAUUAAAUACCCUUGCCUGCCGCUUA